AUAAGACCACUGCAAAAUGAACAGUUUCUCUGAUUUUGGUAUUUGUAUGUACAGUAUAUGUUUGAGGUAAAUGAACAUUUUUGUUUUCUUGUACAAACCACUGACAACCUAAAUCCCAAAUGCAUAUAUUGUAAUUUUGAGCAUUUAUUUGCAGAAAAUGAAAAACGAUGUAUGUAUAUUACCCGUAGCGACUUCGGACACACGUUUGACACGCAACCGUUCACACAACUUGCAUGUUUUGGGGGAUUUGGAAGGGAGCCAGAAGAUCCGGAGAAACCCGGAUGAAGCCGACGUGCUACUCGGCAUCAUUAUCGUCACUGUCAUUUUCCUCUCAUUGGAGAUCGGCGUCGUCAUAGCCACAUGCGGCUAUGUGACGCCUACGGAGAUCUCUUCGGUGUUGUUGGCGCCCUCUGCGGGAUACAAGGCGUAACGGCAAGCGAGCGUUUCUAUAGCAACUGUUGUGCGCGUCAGGAGCAGACGGUCGCCGCUGUUUUGGAGCGUGUUCGCACAGCACCGAUGUCAACACAAAGCGCUUUGGGCAAACUGGACGUCGCCGUCCUGAACGCCGAACAGCGGGAGAAACUGCGCCAGUUCAAAAUCCAGACGAGGAUCGACAACGAGAAGUAUCUGAUGGCGCAUCCCGAAGUGGAGGUCAUGGUUGAAGAUUUUCUCAGAGACGUGCUUCUUAAAAGGCCCACUCACAUUCGCGCAUUUGCUGCUGAUCAUUUCACCAACCCCGACCUUCACGCCGUUAUUAACGCCAAAAUGGAGACCAUCAAUAUGGACUCCUAAAAGGCUGACAGGAAGAGGAUGUUUGUCACAGUUGUUUACUCAUUUAGGAAGCAUCUUUUGUUGUAACGGACUGUCGCACUCCAUGAAGCACAAACGCUAUUAUUGUACACCAAAACAUAAUGUCUUCCCUGUAUUGUAUUUCAAACACAGUGUCACUGGAGCGUUGCUUCCAUGUUUGUAUGAGACGAUUCUGCUUUAUAAUCUUACAUUGUAUGCCAUUGAAUAUGUCAUUCUUGUUCAGGAUCUAGUGUAGGUUAUUUCAAAAAUAACAGGUGGGAAAAAAUAAUAAAGGCUGUCCAACCUGUU